AAAAGAAUCCGUAAAUCUCAGAAACCAUCAACUCGCUGUGCGGUCGGUGCAGGGCACCGUCGAGCCCCACGAGAGAAACCAAAAGCCUCCUGGAAGGAAAGAAACAAAAGAAGAGAGAAGUUGAGCGAUGAAGGAGGCAUCAGCGGAGGGAGACAGCUGCGAAGCGAGCCGCAGCAGCAUGCUGGGCCGCAGCCUCAGCGAGAUGACGGGGAAGGCGCCGUCCACCUUCUCCCAUGCUCCUUCCCUGCGACAAUCCUCGUCCGAAGAUAAGAAGGAAGCCGCACCCUCGCUGCCCGCCCGAAACGCUUCCUCCAAAUACGAUUUCGUCAAGGUGAAAGUAUGGCUUGGUGACAAUGCGGAUCAUUACUAUGUUCUGUCCAGAUUCCUUCUCAGCAGGAUGUUAACUGUAACGAAGAUUCCUAAUCAUGUUGCUAUCAAGAUUGCUCUUGAACUCAAGAAGCUGCUUGUAGACAAUAGCCUUCUUGAUGUUUCACAAUCUGAUUUAGAAGCUAAUUUAUUCAAGCUUAUGGAGCGACGUGGUUAUGGAGAGGAGUACAUAAACCGCUAUAAGAUGAUGACGAGAUUUCAUCACCAAAGAGUACCAUUGGUUAUUCUCGUAUGCGGAACUGCUUGUGUAGGAAAAUCUACAAUUGCCACACAACUGGCACAACGACUAAAUUUACCAAAUGUUUUGCAGACAGACAUGGUGUAUGAAUUACUACGCACAUCAACGGAUGCCCCAUUAACAUCCACACCAGUCUGGUCUCGAGAUUUUAACUCUUCUGAAGAACUUAUUACAGAAUUUUGCAGGGAAUGCAGGAUUGUUCGUAAAGGAUUGGCUGGUGAUUUAAAGAAGGCAAUGAAAGAUGGCAAACCUAUCAUAAUUGAGGGUAUACAUUUGGAUCCAAGGAUGUAUUUAAUGGAUGAGGAGAACAGAGAGUCACUAGACAUGCACAAAAAGAACCCAGAAUCUGGGACUUCGAAUGAUAUCACAACAGAUAUAGAACAUAGUUUAGAAAAUGCUUCUGGCUGUGAGAAAGGCCAUUCCACAAAUGUGGACCACUCUGGAAAUAAGAAGGGUUGUCCUGAUAUGGAAGAAGCUCAGGAGGGCACAUCUGCUUCUGAAACUGUGGGGACAUCUUCUAAAUCUCAAGUAUUACUUUGUGACUUCCCAGGAGAGCUUGGUAAAGAAUUAAACUUAGAAAGCAGUAACUCUGUGAAGAAAGAAAGAUCUGCUGCUGAACCAAUAAUCAUACCUAUAGUUUUGAAGAUGGUGGAGUUUGAUCACAAGGCAUUACUGGAAGAAUGGAUUGCCACUAGAACAUUUGGGGGUAAAAGUCUUGUGCAGGAUCAAAGUAAGCUUAUAAGGAAUCUUAAAACUAUUCAGGAUUAUCUUUGCUCUUUUGAGCCACAGGGAUUGACGGUGGCUAAUAUUUCUGCAACAACAUUUCCUCAGACACUGGAUUGGCUCCACAACUUUCUUCUUCAGGAACUUACGUGGAUUUUCCGACUCCAGUGCAUUGAAAAAGGCGUUUCAGCUGCAUCCUCCAAAAGUGGAAAAACACCAGCAGAGAAGAACUAGGCUAGCACUCCCGUAGAUUGGGUCACAACAGACAAAUAGAUGUUUCAGUUAUCGACAAAGGCUACUUGAUCCACGAAGAUGACUUUUGACGUUAUCCUCGAAAGUUUGCAAGUUUAUUGGCAAUAGUAUUUUUAAAGAGCAUCAUUGCAAAAUUUUGGCCAACAAUCAAUAAUAUGAAAAUAUUUAGCCUCUUGAUGACUGUUACUGAAUUUCUGCCUUUUCUAGAUCGAUGAAAGGUGCAAGGCUUUGUGGACUUCAUGUUUGCCACAUUCUUUUGCUACAACGAAUCUGGGAUCCCAUCAGGAGGUGUGACGAGCAUACAUAUUGGCACAAAUUUAAUCUAUUUUCUUUUGCAUCAAUGAAUGUUGGUCCAUUCUCCAAGUGGUUUAUAGUGGGAAGGAGCUCAACAAUUGGUUAUUAUCAUAUUCAGUAUGCCUCAAUGAUAUGCAAUACUUCUGUGUUAUCUUUUUUUUAUGUAUAAUUCUCAUAUGUUGUGCCAGAUUCGAUAGAUCUCUUUUUUGUCUUUUUUAACCUCAUGAGUAUUAGGAUUAGAGGAUGAUUGGAAUGUCAUGCAGAUGGAAUAUUUGGUAUCCAAACAGGCCGUAAAACGUGUUGGCCGACAUUUUGCAACCAAAGUGCAUGUGAUUUAUCUGUAAAUGGCUUUAAGAACCAAUCAAAUAUCGAUGGCUCUCCCUAAA